AUGCCUUUGCAAGGAAAAUUACUUUUAAUUUGCUUUUCAAAGGAAAUGCAGGGGUAUUUAGAUUGUUUAUAAUUAGAAAUUAAAAUUGGAGAUUUUUUUUCGAUCCAAGAAAUUAAACAAGAAUAAACUCAAUGUUAUUAUGGUUAAUUUUUGGUAAAUUACAAAGAUCAAGUUCGUUGUGUUGAUUGUCCAUUUUCUCAAAUUGGUACAAAAGUGCUUUGUGGAGAUUGCUUGGAAAAUCAACAAAUCUGGUAACAUAGUAUGAAAUGCACAUACAAAUACGAAGUGAAUGAUCCUCUUACCUUGGGUUCAACUUAUAUGAGAGCGGAAUCAGAACCGUAGCAAUACAUAAUGGACAUCAAUUCAGGAUCCAUCAAUAUUUGCAUAGGUUGCUCUGAAAUUUGCGAUGAUGAAGACUGUUAACCCUAUAAAUAUACUAAUUUUGGUUAACUGAUCAAAGUAAGAUGCAAACCAAAUUAUUAUUUUUAAGAUGGGGAGUGUAGAUUAUGCGAUCAAUUCUGCAAUAUCUGUCUAAAUCAAGUCUGCAUUUAAUGUUAGUCGAAUUACUAUUUCAACUCUAUCUUCCAGAAAUGCUUAUUGUCUACUAGUGCAUCAUAGUAAUGUGGAUUCAAUUGUCUCAAUUGCAUCUAAUAGGAAAAUAGUAACAGAUGCUUGAUAUGUAAAGAGAAUUAUAAGAUAUCCGAUGAUGGAUAAAAUUGCGAAACCUAUGAGUUAACUGAUUGUCUAAAUGAACACAAUAAGUAAGGAGUUAGAUCAUCAAUACCUUACUUAUUUGACCCAUUAACUCAAUUUAUAACUCAACCAUAUUGCAGUUUCUGUACCAAAAAUAAUUUUGAUACAGUUGCUAAUAAAUGUACUGACGAACCUGCUCUUCCUACUACUUGCAGUUAUUACAUUGAUAAAACUACUUGUUUAUUCGGUACAGAUUCAACAUUAGUGAAAACUACUCCUGCAUGUACCUCACCUUGCACUAUGUGUAUUAAAGAUAAUGCAGAUUUUACAUAAGAAUUUUGUGUUUAAUGUCAGUAUGGCUAUUAUAUUGAUUUGCUUUCUGGAACUUGUAUGCCAUGUCCAUCUAAUUGUAAAGAUUGUGCAUAUAAUUUAUUACCUUUGAACAAGGAUAGAAUUUCAAUUUCUCUAAUUUCUUUCUAUUAAUAAGGAGUAUUAAAGUAGUAUUUGGAUUCUUUACUCAAAAUACCCUAAGAUUUAUUUGAAUUACUUUGUAAAGAUUGCCAAGCUGGAUAUGUAACUAAUAAUGGUGUUUGCAUUAAUGAAUGUCCAUAAAAUUGUGAAGAAUGCCAAGCAAUUAAUAAUAAGAAUGUGUGUAUUAAAUGUGUUCCUACUACGUAAACUAUUCUAGAUGCUAACUGCUUAGAAUGCCCAUCUAAUUGUUUAGCUUGUUCUGAAAGGACUCAAGAAUAGAUCUUAAAAAUAAAUCCUUUUUUUGAUCUAUCUAUAACCACUUUUAAGAAACAUUCAAACCAAUGUUACAAACCAACCAAAACUAAACCUGUGAUGUCUAAUCAAAUUGCAUUAGACUGCAAGACCAUUGAAAAUUGCUACAAGAGUUUUAGUAUCUAAAUAAAUCUUUUUUGCUGGGAAGAUGAAUUUCAAGCUAGUUACGAUAGUUAAGUUAAUAAAGACUACUAUUAUAUUUACAAUUACUUUAUAGACAAUUUGGUAAGUGAUUUCGAAUUAAACUUUUUGAAUCAAUAAUUUUUAGAAUAAUUGAACCAAUACUAAAUUUAGCAAAUCUCAAUUGACAUUAAAUUUAUAUCAAGUACAGGAGAAUGCUCAUUUGAAAAUGACAAGAUUAUUUUAAAUUAGAAAUUCAUUAAAUACAUUUUUAAUCUCUAGAGAGUCAACCUUAAAUUUUAUUCUGAAGAUAUAAUGAGUUUCCAUUUGCCUGAUUUGCUGCAGUUGUAAGAUUAUUCAACUUUGAUUUUUUAAAAUAUUAUUUUUAUUGGAAAUAACAACAUUACAGUAAUAGAUGCAACAUCAUAGAAUUCUCAUUUUCAAAUUUAAAUUCAUGAUUGCUAAUAUAUAAAUUUUUAUAACGAUUGGAUGAAUGCUGCUUUUCAAUUCAAAUUCCAAUAAGUUUAGACUAUUAUCAUAUAAAACUUCAAGAUAUAAAAUGUUAAAUUAUUUAAUUUUGGAAUAUUUAAUAUAAAGGUUUUGGCACCAGAUUUUAGUUUAGAAGUCAAUUAAUUGCAAAUAUUGGAUUCAGCCUUUACAAAUUUAAAUAUCUUUGAUAUUUAAAAUCCAUCAAAUUUUGAUUUGAAUAUCAAAUUUGAAGACAUUAUGAUAAAGGCUAGCCUUUACAAUUCAUCCUUUAUCAUAUCUAGAAACUCGGAUAAAUUGAUUGGAGUGCUUAACUUAUUAAAGUUCAAUUUAGUUGAGAGUCAUCUCUAUGGAUCCAAAUAUUUGUUUGAUUUAAGAACAUAAACAACAAACUUGGUUGAUUGUCUUUUAGAAUCAACUACAUUAUACGACGAAGCUUCAUUGAUGUAUUCUUUUGGAUUCAAUUUAUAAAAUGUUAAGAUAACCAAAAGUACUAUUUACUUUGGCACAUUCUUCACAAAUUAUGAUGAGAAUUACUAUUAAAUCAAUUAGGAUUUAGCUUUGACUUGGAAACAACUUUCAUUUGAGUAAAUCUCCUAUUCUAAUUAUAAUCAAUUCAUCAUUAUCAAGAACAAUACUAGUACUGAAAUUGAUAUCUAAGACUUCUCAAUAAAAGAUUCUCUCAAAAAGAGCAACUAUCUAAAAUCCUUAGUGUAUUUAGAAGGUAAAAAAUUGGUUAUUAAUGACUUAAAAAUAAUUAAAUUGACAGGAAUCAUAGAGUUAUCUUUAUAAUUUGACUCAAUAGAAAUAAGAAAGAGUGUGAUAACAUAAAAAGCUGAAGCCUAAAUAAUUAUUUAGCCUUCCUUGUCUUGCUUACAUAACUAUUAUGAUCUUCAGUUGUAUACCCCUAUUAUCCAGGUUGUAAACACAAGAUCAGUAUUGAUAGAUAGUUUAUAAAUUUCAAGUUUGAGUGUGGUUGAUAAUUACAUGAUAGGAUUUGAAGAGAAUGAUGGCAAUAAGAUCACUGUGACGAUUUAGAAUAGUCAGUUCUUUGAUAAUAAUAUCUUAGUUGAAUCCACUUCUGUGAACUCAGGCAUAAUCAAAUUUAUUUCAAAUUCUGAAUCUACAAUUGCAUUUCAAUAUAGUCAAGCAGCCAACAACAUUUUGUAUUCAUACAGUUCCGACCAGAAUUCAUUAUUAGGAACAGUCUUAAUGAUUUCCAAUCUUUUUGGUUCCAUAGUAAUAAACAACAACCAAUUCAUCAAUAACUAAGCAAUAAACACAACAUUUUCGAUCUCAUAUUUUUAUGCCCAAUAGGUAACUGUGAAGGAUAAUUCAUUUAAAAAUAAUAACUUUGAUGAUUUAGAACUAAUUUACAACAAAAUAAGUGAUUCAUACGGAGAAGAAGUAUAUAUCGAGCAGAUAAAGGAAAACUACAAAAUAUUAUCGAAUGGAGGGAAUGGAUAUUACAGAGGAGAUAAUAUACUAAUUUAAAAUUGCAUUUUUGAUUCAUCAACUGCGUUGUAUGGAGGGGGACUAUACAUCCAAACGAUUAAUAAGGGGAGAAUAAACAUUAAUAAUUGUCAAUUUCUUAAUUUAAAAACUGAUUUAUCGGCAAAUUUAGAAGGUAUGGGAGGUGCUUUGGUGAUUGAUGGAUCAACUGCUGAAAUUAAAUUGACUUUGCACGACUGCACAUUUGAUAAAGUAAUGGCUAAAGUCUUUGGAGGAGCAAUAUACUUUGAUGUUUCACAGAAACUUAACAAUAUCGAAAUAAAAAAUCUAAAACUUAAGAAUGUGAUGUCUCUCAUGGGUUCGUUCAUCUAUGCAUUGUUUAGUAGUUAAGACAUUUCAAAUUUAUUUGUAGACAACGUUGCUUGGGAAAUGGAUUAAUCGGUAAUAUUGUAAUAUUUUGGGGAAUUCAAAGGAUUUAAAUCUGAUUAUUCUAUGUAAAUAAAGGAGAAGAGUAUGUUGGUAGUAACUUAAAAUGGGAAUAUCAAAUUGUAAAAUCUUUAAAUAUUUUCUACUUAUUACUUUGGUUUAAUUUCGAUGAUAGAUUGCAUUCGUUGCACAGUUCACAACAUUUUGAUUAAUUAACCAAAAAGAAUGUAUUAUAAUGCAUUUUACUUUGGGAAUAAUAACUUAUAUUCUUCAUCCUAUAUCAUUCUGAAUCAAAUUUACUUUGAUACUUUGACUGUUUUUCCUUAUUCAUCUACUACCAAUUGCAAAAGUCUUUUGGAUAUGAAAGUAGAAUCGGCACACAUAAAUUGCAACUUGAAACGGUUCUUGAGAAGGGGGAUAUAGUCUGCCAUAUCCAAUACUAAAUUUUCAGACAAUGGGGAUUGCAAUUUAAAUUUGUUGCUUUAAUACUCUUAGAGCUCAUAAGGAGUAUCUGUGAUGGAUAUAUUUCAUGGGUAUCAGUUGGACGGGUAUAAGAUGUCCCAUGUUUAACAUUUUAAGAGUAUUACCAUAAUUUCAAGUGCAUAUGAUUAUUUGGAUGCAACUUUUGAUAUAGCAAUGAAUGUUUAUUCAUAAUACAAUAAGACUCUGUACUUUAGCGAUAUUUUCUCCAUCUAAAAUACUGCAUUUUAGCAUGUUAGAAUCUCAGGUACACCUGAAAAACAGCGUUUACUUCAACAAAGUAGUGGAAGUUCAUUAAGAUAUCCAAUAUACCUAUAGAAUUUUAUUAAUCACUUAGGAAAUUUCUGGUCCUAUUCAGGCUUUCUAAUAUACAACUAUUAGGCAAUGGUAUUUAAUUUCAUCAUUACUAAUAUGACUCAAUCGGUUUCAUAUAUAAUGGAAGCCAAUAAUGCGUAAAAUAAUUACCAUUUUUACAUAAAUACCUUAGUGACUGACAAUGUCUUAUAGGCCGCGAGUUUAUCAAAUCCUCUGAGAACAGGUGGUAAUCCAAUAACUCCUGAGUUAAUAAUGAGCAAUACAAUUAUCUUAUUCAACUAUAGAAAAGACUAUACUGCAUUAUCAAACAUAGUCGAGUUAAGAUCCAAAAGAUUGGCUUUUAAAUAUGAUGGUGUUAAUUAUUUGAGAGCAGUUGAGAAACUGAAAACCGAUACAAAGAUUAUUGAAGAAGUUUAUGUAAAACCUUACAAAGCACCAGGAGACUCCAAUCUAACAAAAUAUUUGAUGCUGCUGCCUCCUAGUGGAUAAAGCUUUGAAAACUAUUCUUAUUUUGACAAACUUACAGAAGCAUAUAUACCAUUGAAUAUCAACAUGUCCAUUACGUUAAUGAAUUCUUAGUUGGAAAAAACAGUUUUAUAUACUGGAGCCUAAUACAAUCUAACUGCAAAAUACAGAAUAAUGAAUCAAUCGAAUCCUAUGGAAAAUACAACAUUUACGGAUCUCUCAACAAUUUAGGUUACUGAUUCCACUAAAAAUGAGAAAUUCAUUAAUGAAUUAGUAAUCGAUUUUGAUCCCUAUUCAGACCCUUCGCUUUACUAUUAAUUAUCAUUUUCUUGCAAUUAUAUUUUGAUUUUCACAUACUCUGAUUCCUUUCCAUAUAAGAUGAAAAACACAAUAACAGAUUAUGAAUUGAGAAUGAAUAUUAGGACUUAUAAAUGUUAAGUAGGAGAAUACAUCUAUUUAAAUUAAUGUAGAUAAUGCGAUCAGACAUAAAAUUACUUUUAAGUUUUGGAGGGAUAAUCUUUCUGUUAUUUUAAGGAUGAUGUGAGCACAAUCCAAGUUUAGAGAUUCACUGUACAAAUGAAACCAAAUUAUUGGAGAUAUGUAUUCAAUAGCACUAAAAUCGAAUAUUGCUAUCAUUUCCCAACUAAUUGUUUGGGAGGAUGGAAAUAUGGGGAUCAAACAUGCAUUGAAGGUCAUAUUGGAGCUUUGUGUGAAUAAUGUGAUCUAUAUAACACAAGAGGAGAUGGGUCUUUUUCUGUAAGUUCAUAAUAUAAUUGUGGAAGUUGUGAAGAUGUUAAAUGGAACAUCAUUAUUAUUGUUAUUAUUGCGCUCUUCACCUUAAUAUUGGGAAUAAUAACAGUUAAGAGCAAUGCAGAUGAUACGGAUUCGUUCAACUUAUAAGUAAAAGCAUUAGAAGCCUUUGGUAUUCCUACUAGUAUUAGAAUCAUGUCCACAAUUUUGAUUAAACUUUUGACCAACUAUGCCUAGAUUAUUUCGAGUGUUUUCACCUUUUAACUUACACUUCCACCAGAGAUUCAACAAUCAACUAAUAGUGUAGGUAACCCUACUCAGAGUAUGGUGUAUUCACUGGAUUGCUUUUUGAUAUCUAUGUCAGAUAUGACAAUCAUGUACUUGGAAUUUAUUUGGAUGGUAGCAACACCCUUCUUUUUCAUUUUCAUCAUCUAUUUUGUCUAUUUCUUCAUUGUAAUACUCAAAAUAUCCAAAUUUAAUAUGGGAGUUAUUAGUACCACCCUUAUAUACUUUUACAUCUAUAUGCAGCCUAACUUGAUUUAGACUAUGAUAUCCCAGUUGAGUAGAAGAUCAAUAUCCGGAGUUGAAUUUGUCUAAGGAAAUGUAGCAUAUUUGUUUUAAUCUAAAACUCAUCAAAAAUGGCUUAUCUUUGUAAUAGUGCCAAUUCUCAUGAUCAUCGGGUUUGUGAUUCCUCUGACCCUAUGGUAUCAAGUCUUUAAGAAUUAAAGAAGAGGCAAACUCAAGGAAAUUUCGGUAAGGAACAUCUGGGGUUUCUUAUACAAUGAGUACAAAAUCAAUGCUUACUAUUGGGAGACUAUCAAAUUAAUAUAGAAACAAACAAUCAUCAUCGCUCUCAACUAUUAUGAAGAUUAAGUAAGUAUCAAAGCAUCCCUAAUACUUUUAAUCGUAUUUCUAUAUCACGUCUUAAGUAACAAAAUUAACCCCUACUCUGUUGUUAAACUGAAUCGUUUAGAUACUUACUGCACUGUAGUGUGUUCUAUUUCCAUCAUAUUGUGCUCCACCAUAUAUUCUGCGUAAAUUGGAGGUUAAUAUGAAAUUGUGUGGCCAUUCUAUAUUAUCACAGCCGCCAUUAACUUGCUCUACAUCUUAGAGCUCGUCAUUGAAAUCAUACUUUCUUAUUUAGCUUAAUAUCAGGAAUUGCUAGACAAACUAAAAACAUUGAUUCGAAAUAAGUGUCCUUACUUUGUUGACAACUACCCAUGCUUCUAGAGACUGCUAACUACAAAGUAAGAGAAACAGAGGAAGGUUAGAGAGAUUUGGAAGAAAGUUAGGAAGCCCUUAAUGGUUAAAGUAGCAAGAGUGAUAAAGGCAAAGGAAUAUACAGAAAAUCAUUCCCCUGAAUCUUUCUAUAGGAGACGAGGUGGAGUCUCUAGUCCUAGUCCUAUAUUUUCAUAUCGAGGAGAUGCAAUAAGAGGCGACAUGAUUGACUCCUAAUCCUAAUUGAAUAGUUCGAUGCAAAGGAGAUAAAAUAUGAGUAAUCCUACUAUCAAGUUGGUUGAAACUCUCUACUAGCCAAGAAACGAAGAAGAAAAAUUAGACCCUCGAACCCAAAGAGACGAAUUCUAAGUUGCCGAGGAUCCAUUGAGUCCUCGAAUUGUUUAUCUCAGUCUCGGUCCAAAUACAAGAAGUGUACUAAGAGAAUGA